CAAGCCCGAACGCCUCCUCUCCCCCCCAAACCGACAAUCUCUUCUCCAAUACCGACAAAAUGGGUGGUGUUACCGUCAAGGACAUUGAGUCUCACACUUUCGUGAAGGCGUACGCCGCUUUCUUGAAGCGUCAGGGAAAGCUCCCCAUUCCAGGCUGGGUUGACACUGUCAAGACGAGCCACUCCAAUGAGCUCCCUCCCCAGGACAUCGACUGGUUCUACGUCCGCGCCGCUGCCAUUGCCCGCCACAUCUACAUGCGCAAGACUGUCGGUGUAGGCCGCCUCCGCAAGGUCCACGGAUCCACCAAGAACCGCGGCUCCCGCCCUUCUCACCACGUCGACGCCUCUGGCUCCGUUGACCGCAAGGUCAUGCAGGCUCUGGAGAAGAUUGGUGUCCUUGAGCAGGACGAGGACAAGGGUGGCCGCCGCAUCACACAGUCCGGCCAGCGUGAUUUGGACCGUAUUGCGCAGACCACCCUCGAGGCCGAGGAAGAGGAUGACGAGUAGAUGUUUCACACAGGAUUGUGAUGCGCGGGCAAAAAACA